AGAUUGAUCGUUGAUCCAAACCAUAGAAGUUGGCUUGAUAAUUCAACAGGUCCUAGUGGAGAAAAUACCGAGGAAGCUGAGACUCUAAAGCAUCUAUGGCGACCAAACCUGGAGAUCUACUGUUUAGAAGAUUCUAGCAAUAUAUUUAUUUAAAUAAUAUUUAGACUCUAAAGCAUCUAUGGAGACCAAACCUGGAGAUCUACGGUUUAGAAGAUUUUAGCAAUCACAAGAUUCUGGGAGAAAUGGCAGGACUCAGAAUAACGAUGGGGAAAGAAGUGAAAUAUGAUAUAAAAGUAACAAUUGCCAUCUCUUGUCAAAUGGAUUUCAGUCAAUAUCCAUUUGACUCUCAUCUCUGCACUUUUCAAGUUGGAAGCUAUUUUUAUGACAAGAAUUCGGUGACUUGCACAUCAGAGUACUUUGAUCCAACCAGAGAAUCAGAUUUUCUAGAGAGAAACCUUCAACAUUCAGUUGAAUUCAGAAAUCUUUCAGCAGAAAAAUCUGAAGUUCGGCUCACUUCAGGUAACUAUGCUGCUUGUGGAUUUGAGAUAAAGUUGGUGCGCAAGCAUGAACCCUUGAUGUACCAGGUUUACAUUCCCUGUGUACUCUUUGUAACAGUAUCCUGGAUCAGUUUUAUUAUCGAUCCUAAGGUUGUACCUGGCCGAAUGUCUCUUCUAAGUAUUCUAUUUCUGGUUAUCAUCAAUGUUUUCAACAAUGUCAGGUCGAAUGCCCCAUCAUCAGCUAGCAGUAGACUCAACGCUAUCGACAAGUUUAUCAUGACUUGUAUCUUCAGCAUAUUCAGCGCUAUCAUUGAGUACGCCAUUGUUUUAUCAAUACUAUGGCUCAGACCCGAGAAGCCUCCUGGGGAAACUGUUUACCGAUUUGAAAACACCAAUGGGGAAAAUGCGGAAGUUAAACCAUCAUUGAAGGCUCGAAUGGCCUGGGUCCUGGAGCAUCCGAGAGUGUUUGAUGCAUUCAGUAUAAUCAUCUUCCCAACAUUCUUCUUCUUCUUCAACAUUCAUUACUGGUUCUUUGCUAACUACCAGAGCUCACAAAUCCUCACCAUGUAAAUUAAUCAAUCAACCAAUCAAUUAAUCAAGUGAUUAACAAAUUAAUCAACAAUAAGUCAAUCAAUCAAUGGAUCAAUUUAUCAAUCAAUCAACCAAUUACUCAACCAAUAUAUCAGCUAGUCAACCAACCAACCAAUCAUCCAGCUAAUCAGCCAAUCAAUCAAUCAAUCAACCUAUAAACGAAUAAACCAAUCAACCAAUUAAGCAAUCAAUCAAUCAAUCAAUGGAGAAACAGAAAUUAACAAGUGAACAGUAAUUAUUCAAAACUUCAUUGAGGAACCGGAAGCGCGAAAAGCAUCAAACUUUAAAAAAUAAAUGUGAUUAAAAGGUUGCUAAAUUUAGUUACUAUGACUAUUAACAGUGAAAAUGCACAGAGAAAUUAAAAACUUGAUAUGUAAUUAAGCUAAAUGGAAGAACACUUUACUUUUCUAACCUUUAGACCCCAGUGUGAUUAUAGAAUGUUAACAAAAAAAAUUUUAGGUACAGUUACUGAAUCUAAAUUUUCGUAUUCAGAUUUUUAAAAUGUCAAUUAUUGAUAGAAUAUUUUAAACCCGUUAUCUACAAUUGAAAUUGUAUACUAUGUAGAUAUAUCUAAUAAUGCAUUAGGGUGUAUGUAUAUCUAGAAAAUGCUCAAAUACCUGCAAGUUAUCAAAUUCACAGCUAAAACUUAAAAAUAAGAUAAAAAAGUUUCCCCCCCCCAAAAAAAAAAAAAAUCUUGGUG